AAGUGCUUCAGGAAGCAAUCGUGGAAGUAGCCCUGAGCCGCAGCAGAAGCUUUACUCACCACGCUGCUGUCAUUGGUCCCUUGGACCUAAGGAAGGCGAGAAGAGCGUGAACCCCUCCCAAAGCUGCGUUCAAGUUUGUAGCAGUUGUGAGAUCAUCAGUGAGGCUUGACCGCACAGGUGGGAGGCAAAGCGACAAGUGACAAGUGGCCUUCCCCCGACCGCACCCCCCCCCACUGGUCCCCAUGAGCUCUAGAGGGAGUGGUGGCCGCUCCAAUGGCGCACUGCCACAGACCAAGAUCUGCCAGUUCAAGCUGGUGCUGCUGGGUGACAUGGCGGUGGGCAAAUCCAGCCUGGUGCUGCGCUUCGUCAAGGGACAGUUUGAUGAGUUUCAGGAGACCACCAUAGGAGCUGCUUUCCUGGCCCAGUCGGUGUGCUUAGAUGACACCACGGUCAAGUUUGAGAUCUGGGACACAGCAGGACAAGAGCGUUACCACAGCCUGGCGCCCAUGUACUACAGAGGAGCUCAAGCUGCCAUUGUGGUUUUUGACAUCACCAAGCCAGAAACCUUUGAGAGGGCCAAGGCUUGGGUGAAGGAGCUGCAGAGGCAGGCCAGUCCCAACAUUGUCAUUGCUUUGGCGGGCAACAAGGCUGACCUGGCCGAGAAGAGACUAGUAGAAUAUGAGGAAGCGCAGACGUACGCUGAUGACACCGGCCUGCUCUUCAUGGAAACCUCGGCCAAGACGGCCAUGAACGUCAACGAGCUUUUCCUGGCCAUUGCAAAAAAGAUGCCAAAAACAGACACUCAAAACUCAACGCAUGCAGCACGACAUAGGGGGGUCAACCUCCAGGACCCUGACGCCCACUCCACCAGAGCUUGCUGUGGCGGAAACUAAACCACGCACACCGCUUUCCCUGCCAUGUGACCUCCCGCCAAAAAAGCAUCCCUUCUCUUAUCAUCCUUACCAGUGAAUCAAGCCAGUGGAGAACAGGAGGGAAUGCAACAACGUGGAGGACAUAAAUUGUGAAUAUUCUGCCUUGUAUCAUUUCAGUUAGACUCCUCACUGAUAAUCCUCACUUCUACAAGUGAACAAGCAAAGACGGAAGCAAUAUAAUGUACAAUAAAAGAGGCUAAAUGUG